AUGCCUUACGGUUCCCCUGGCGUUGAGUUCACGGGACUCCACAGUGAUACCACAGCUGUCACACAGAUCCACUUCCUGCCUGGACAGGGCCGCCUGCUGUCACUGCUGGACGACAACACGAUCCACCUGUGGGAGCUGGUGGGCGGCGCCCCGAGAGAAGUGGGCGGGGUUAAGAAAGAAGGCGUGAUCAUUCUCCAGGAAGUAGACAGCUACAGCCUCCCAGGAAGACCAGGCAUCGAGAGCUGCAGUGCCACCCGGGUGACUGUCCUCCUCUUGCUGAGGUCAUGUGACCUGCUGUGCAUUGGCACAGAGGGAGGGGGCGUCUACUUCCUGGAGUUGCCCUGCCUGUCACUGAAGGACAACCUCACGCUGCCACAGGACCAGGUCACCCAGAGGUGAGACUGUCCCGUAAAUG